GAAGUAAACUGCAGCUGAGCUAGAGAGGACAGUAAAGUAAGUGGGGGACGGGAGAUAAUUGCCAAAGUGGUUCAUUCGGAAGCGUCCUACGAUCUCAACCGUACACCUCACUGGAGGGAUCAAGAUAAUCCCUUUUCGCUGGCUUCGAGAAGCAUGGAGCAGCCUCUUCAACGGAUGAUGGACCCCAUGCUAGCAGAGAUGGGGAGAAAUCUGAAUGAUGCCAUGAAGAUCCUUGAAAAUGGGCACAAGGAGGUAGACUGCGACGCGGGCCAACGCAGACUCAGCUGGAGGGAUAUUCCAGGACCACUACAGGGGGAUGGCCAGGAUGUUGGCAGUAUUCUUCAGCUGGUACAGAAUCUAAUGCACGAUGACGAAGAUAAACAGGGCCAGCGCAGGAUGCAGUAUGUGGGGGAGCAGGGCCACAUGGCACUGUUGGGCCACAGCCUGGCGGCCUACAUCUCCGUGCUGGACCGCGAGAGGUUCCGGAAGCUGACCACGCGCAUCCUCUCCGACACCACGCUAUGGCUCUGCCGACUAUUCAGGUAUGAGAAUGGCUCUGCAUAUUACCACGAGGAUGACCGUGAGGGCCUGGUGAAGGUGUGUCGGCUGGUGAUCAACGCCCGCUAUGAAGAAUACUCCACAGAUGGCUUCACAGUGCUCAGCUCCAAACAGCCCGUCAUCUACCAGAGCGCCGCCUGCAGGCCAGGCCUGGGACAGCACCUCUGCAGCCAGCUUGGCCUUCCUCUUUCCAGCCUUUGCACUGUGCCAUGCAACACCAUGUUUGGGUCGCAACACCAAAUUGACGUGGCCCUGUUGGACAAGCUCAUUAAAGAUGACGCUGACACAGGGAAGAUUCCGCUGCUGCUGAUAGCCAAUGCAGGAACACCGGGAGCCGGUCACACAGACAAACUGGCCCGACUAAAGGAGCUCUGUGUCCAGUACAGCAUAUGGCUUCAUGUGGAGGGGGUCAAUUUGGCAACGCUGGCCUUGGGUCAAAUCACAUCUCCAGUUAUGGCAGCUACCAAGAGUGACAGUAUGACGUUGACUCCGGGUCCUUGGCUCGGACUGCCCGCUGUGCCAGCAGUCACCCUUUACAGACACGAAGACCCAGCAUUGUCUCUAGCGGCGGGACUGACCUCCAGUCAGCCGGUGGAGAAGCUGCGCGCCCUGCCCCUCUGGCUCUCGCUGCAGUACCUGGGGCAUGAUGGGAUCGUGGAGAGGAUAAGGAGUGCCACCCUGCUCAGUCAACAGCUGUUGGAGCAUCUGAAGACGCUGUCCUCCAUUAAGACCUCGGAUAUCCUUGAUGUCGAAGUGUCUCUCCUCGAGGCUUUGACCAUGGUCGAGGAUGAGCUGAGUUCCCCUGUUGUGGUCUUCAGAUUCUCCCAAGAUAAUAGUGCAGCCUCCAGUGGUGGAUCUGUUGAAGGCUAUUUCCCAGGAGAGAAAGAAGUCCUGGACUCUCUGAACAGAUGGCUGGGAGAGCAGUUGGCUCAGCAGGUACCUGCCAGCGGAGUAGACGUGGUGGAACUGGAGGACGAGGGCACAUGUGUCCGCUUCAACCCCCUCAUGACCGCAGCAGUGCUUGGGACACAGGAGUGUGACAUCACGGCACUUGUGGAGAAGCUGAAUGACAUGGUGCCUCUACUGAGUAGCACGGUGCGCUACAGGCAGGACUUCAGGGAGGAGAUCUACCAGCACACCGCCCUCACAUACAUCGACGACCUCAGCUGGCCUGGCCUGGGAGCCAUAAGGUACGAGCCUAGGUGUGAACAAGAUGACGAUGAAAAGAGGCAACGAGAUGUGGAGAAGAUCAAUGGAGACCUGUUGAAGAAACUGAUGGAACUGGAUUCAGACAUGUGCUUUUCUACUGGUCCUGAGUUUGGCACAGAGAAGAACUGUAUAUAUUUGGGACUGGCCACAGAGGAUCUGGAUGUCACAGAGCUGGCGGAGAUCAUUGCUUCCUCUGGAAAGGACCUUGAAGAAAGUGGGAAGUUGCUAGAGAACAUGACGGAGGUGGUGCGAAAAGGCAUAUUGGAGGCCGAGCUACAACUGCAGAAAGCCAACGAAGCAAAACUCAUGGAAGAGGGGGUGCUGCGGCAGAUUCCCCUGGUUGGCUCCAUGUUCAACUGGUUCUCGCCCUCCCAGUCAUCCAUCAAAGGACAGACCUUCAGCCUAGUUUCAGGUUCCUUGGACACCUCAGAAACCGCUUACUCACAGAAAGCUCAGGCGGGCAAAGCGGGCUCACCAGACACCCCCACCUCUGCCUCCAGACGCUUUCCAGGACAAAAGCUGUUCAGGCGAUCAGCAGCUGGCUCGGAUACGUACAGUGAAACGAGCUCGGUGGGCCAGGUGGAGGAGGCGCUUCGAGAAGCCACCCCAUUGCCCCCCGCCUCAGAGGAGCAGGUGGCAGAGGAACCGGCCCAGGAAGAACCUGCCUCUCCGGAACCCGCUUCUCCUGACCCCGCCUCUCCUAACCCUGCUAAUACUGACCCCGCCUCUUCUGACCUUGCUAACACUGACCCCGCCUCUCCUGACCCUGCUAACACUGACCCCGCCUCUCCUGACCCUGCUAACACUGACCCCGCCUCUCCUGACGCCCCUCCUCCCGAAGACCAGCGCCAACCUGACGGGCAGGAGUCAGAGGAGGCUGAUGGCAUCAGAUAAAAAAGAACCUUUACAAACUGGAAGAGAAACACUGUCUGUGGAUCCAUAACUGGAAAAGUAGUAGAAAAAAAAGUGUAGACGUAGAUCAUCACCUUUAAUAUUACCUGGAGCCAAACUGACAUCAACUCGUCUCAUUCACGCUGAUAUGCAAACAAAACUAAAUGACCAGAUAUAAGAUUUCAGUAAUGCACUGUAAAUAUUGUAAACACAUAGUCAUAUAUUGACAUUGCCAUGCAGGCCAACAGUGUGGUCUUAUCUUAGAGGGACACAAUUUAGAUUUUUAAAAACGUGAUAAUAGACAGGACACAGUGAUGUAACAAUGCCAUAGACUUAGUGUAUGUUACUUUUGAGAGGGGCACUGCCCUUGCCAUCUUACCCAUGCAGCCCAUACCUGCCUACUUCCGUUCUUUCAUCUCAGGUGCCUGAGGAUUUUCUGUUAUAGCACGCACACAAACACAUUGAUUCACACGCCCAUUGCAGACAUAACCAAAAAAAAGGGCUGUUGUGGCCUUGCCUACCUUCAUAAUCAAAGACUUGUUUGCAUUUUUUCAUAUUUCUACUGUGUACUCUAAAACACUGCAUAGGUUUUACUGUACCUGAAAUACAGUGCUGAAGAGACUAAUGCACCCAGACUAAUGCAGAUAUUUUUAAAAACCAAGAAAGAGAAAAUAGCCUUAUUGCACUAGUUUGUACAGAAUGUCUUAAUUUAAUCAGGAUGAUUUAAUUAUUUAUUUAUUGUUAUAUUAAAAAAAACUGCUAAAUUCAGGAAAAAACAUGAAUAAUACACAACUUUUUGUUGUGAAAUAUUAGGCGUCCAUGUAGGAUGUUAUUUAUUAAUAGCAUCCAGUCAACACUCGUGUUUUACACAAACUUGUGAUUGUGAUACAGCAGCACUCACUGUGAAGUCAAAUUGUAUCAGUGUAUUUUUCUAAUGAUGUGUGUUUGGAUGCCAUGUUUGAGUGAGUGAGAGUCUGUGUAGAAGACCAACGGAAUUCAAUUCUGGAGACUGGUUCAUGCUCCAUUGAUUCAAAUCUUUAUUUCGUCACGCACUGUAUGUGUUAAUUUUUUUAUCUGUUUGAUGAAAAUGACCCCCUGAAUAGCUUGUGCUAAUGUUUAUUUUAUGUUGUCCAUGCGACAUUCUUUUCUUUACGGUUAUGACUUUCGUUGUUGGAAAUUAGUUAGUUGAUUUUAAUAUAUACUUCUGACUGCUUGUUGUUUCAAUUCUCACAUACUUCUGUAUGUUGUUAAUUGUGUUGCCACCAAGUGCAUUUUGUUUAUGUUACAUAACCUGUAUCUUUUUAAAAUAUAUAUAUAUAUGUUAUACAUUGAUCUCUGGUGCAAUAAAUAACUUGGGUUUGCCUGUAGAAGGAUAAAUGCUUAAAUUACUUGAAUACUGGGGGCUUUGUUUUUAUAAUACAUAAUACGUUUUUUUUAUCUGAGGAGUAUCCUUGCAUAAUGUGUAGUAAUAUUAUGUAAAAAAAAAAUCAUUUGAUUGUCUAUCUUUUGCUUUGAGCUACUGUAUAAAACCUGUACCUACCAACACCUGCUGAUCCACCUCAGAAUAUGCCUACUGUUGAUUUGAAUAAAACAUUGUCCAAUCCAAUGUAUUAAAAUGCAGAUAA